AUGCAGGUAGUAGUGUCCGUUGUCAUCCAGGCGCUCUUGCUCGGUCUUGCAUUAGCUGUUACGAUCCUACGAUGCUGGAUUCGCCUUCAUGUAGAGCAUCGACGCUUGACGAUUGCCGAUUACCUUAUAUGGGGAGGAUGGAUCUGCACGCUGGGAUGGUCUGUUUGCUCCAUCAAAGCACUCUACAUCCUGAUCGAUCACCCCCCAGACGAGGAGGCCAUGACGGACUCCGUUGAUUACUUGAAGCUAACUGGCGCCUCAUCGCAGACAGUCUUCCUAUCUUGCUACUUCUUCGAUACCGGACUGUACUUUCCAAAGGCCUCUCUUGUGGCUUUCUACUGGUGGUUGAUUCCAUGGGGAUUCAGAGGUCUCCGGAUAUCAGUGUACGUCACUGCUGCUUUCAUAGGCUGCGCUUGGAUGGCAAGUCUGUUGGCGGAUACUUUCAUCGCACCUUCGAUCUCGGACAACUGGUCGCUCGAAAAUCAACUCAACUCAAUAUGGAACUCUUACACAAAUCUGACAGUCAACUGGACGCUGAACAUCGGUACCGAUCUGAUACUCUUUUGCCUCCCUUUCUUCCUAAUCAACUGCCUGAAGCUCCAUAGACGGCAGAAGAUUGGCUUGGCUGGAGUGUUCUCUCUAGGUGUCAUUACUAUGGCUAUCAGCCUUGCUCGGUUCGUCGUAUACAGCAUGGAUUACAACGUUUCCGAAGCCAUCGGUAAUGCAUGGUGCACAGCCGAGAUGUGCACAGCAGUCAUCGUUGUCUCGCUCCCAUCACUCAAAUCCUUCAUCGCCCGGACAACGCCUGCGCACACAGCCAAUCGUAGCAACACUGGAUACAUACAAACCGGCUCCGGCAAACCGGUCAGUAGCAGCAGAGGCGGCACCUACACGUCACACAUCCAAGAUGGCACUGUAGAUCAUGAAGAGAUGGAGUUGACCUUUCUUGACCGAAGGGCUAGUCCAACCCCUACGGGAACCACUGAUGAGACAAGAACUCAAGAUGGAAAAGAUAAUGUAAUGGUGACGACGAAUGUUACGGUUACGAGGGAUGUGUUGUAG